CACACACACACACACACGCAUACUCACACACAUGCAUAUGCAGAACUGUUGAUACGUCAUCAAGCCGACUGCCUCCCCCUGCCCCCCACCAUGGUUGGCUAACCUGGAAGCCCACUUGCAGCGUUUGAGCGGACGGUUCGUGUGCGUCAAUCAGUUAUCGUAUCGUCUUUCUCCGCCAUUGAUGAUUGAGUUGACGCCACACGAAUGCAUUUAUGACGGAUUCCAUCCAUGUACAGUAAGUUCAGCACACACGUCCUGUCCUGUCCUGGCUUGGACAGACAGACUGCCAACAGCGCUUCGUCGGCACAUGUGGAAAGACAGAUGAAGGCGCACUCUCAGCUCCGCGGCACACGACAUAGGGAGUCCAGAUUCGACUAUGGCGUCGGGCCAGGUACCCUGGCACACACCGGCAUAGGGCCCAGAGAGCUCUCACUCACAGACAGGCAGGCAGGCAGGCAGGAAGACCAGCAGACAGGCAGAGGUCGGGAGGGGGAGAGAGAGGGGCCCGAGGGAGGGAGGAAAAAAGGUCGCCUGUGUCCCUGUACAUGCAGGUCUGCAUGCGGCCCACCCACCGGGUGGCUAUCUAUCCGUCACCCACCCGUGCCGUGUGUGGGUUCAUCACAUCUGUGCGUCGUUGGGGUUGAAUUCGGGGUUGGUCUGGGGGGUGGCGUUGGCGGUGUCGUCAUCGGUCGACAUCUGCUGCUUCAUCUCCGCCAUGAGCUCGCAGCGCAGAGCCUUCCGCAAGUGACGCGCAAUCCAAACCCUACCCCAGACGACAAAGGAGACGGACGGUCGAGCCGCGCACAUUUUAUUUGAGGAGGCAGGGGUGUACCUGUAGAUGAAGAAGAGUGACACGACGACGAUGGAAGCGCCGAUGAUGGAGACGAAGACGAUCCACCAGGGGACGCCCUUCUCCUCCUCAGGCUCGUGCUCCUUCUUCUCGAAGUCGUUCUCGAAGUCGAUCUUGCUCGGAUGGAGCAACGUGUCGCACUCCUGACAGAUAUCGACACGUACACACGGAGGGAGAGGGCGGCCGUUGGUGCACUGGCUGGUGUCUCGCUGAUUGAUGUUGUGGACGUGUGUACCUUUGGUCGUUUCUCGAACCCUGAGCAGACGGCUCGUGUGAUGAGAUCCGGGUCGAGGGGCCCGCUGUACCGCCAGUCGUUGAUGCGCAUCGCCAGGGGGCUCCACGCGUGGCUGAGGCGCUCCCUUUCCAAUAUCGACUCCUUGUCCUUCUGCACACACCAAGAAGAGGCAGCUGGGUGCGUGUUGUGUGUUGUGUCCUAGCAAGGAUGUGACGUGACGUACGGUGAGGCAUUCUUGGAUCUGCUUCAUGUCUGCGCCGAGCUUCUUCAUGAGGCCGAGAGAGCACUCCUCGCCGAAGACCUUGUUGCCCUUGCCGUCCAUCGGACACCUGCGCACCGCACACACGAUUGUCAGUAUUCCCUGCCCCUCCCUCCUACAUCCCUCCCUCGAUGCCCGUGUUGUGAAUGUGGUCUCGUACGCGUUGGGUAGCUGGUCGACGUAGUCCCACCAGAUCGCCGAGUAGUCGCCGCUCUGCUCCACAUUGUGGUCAACAAUCGCGGUCUUCUCCCACAGACACAAUUGACUGCACACACACACACCACACACACCACCACCAGUCAGUCGUAAGUAACUCUACGGUGCCCACGCAUCCAUCCAUCCAUCCGUCCAUUUAUGCAUCCAUCCACCUCUGCUCACUCACCGGACGGUCUCCUCGACCACGUCUUUGCCCGUGGUCGAGCCGGCCAUGUCGGGGUCCAGGGCGCAGUAGGUGGCGUCGUCGUCUAUGCACAAGUCCUUGUAGUCACGCGGGAGGCUGAAGAUCCAGUAGUGCGGACGGAAAUCAAGCUGCAAGGUACGUAAGGUGAGCAGCAACCACAGAACGAACACCAUACAUACACACCACACAAGCAGGAGAGGAGAGAAUGGACAAUGAGACGAGGAAGGGGAGAAGGGGAGAAGGAGUCGCCUUUGUCCUGACCUUGUGCUUGAGCGUCUUGGCGUAGUGGGAGUACUCCCGGAGAAAGCUGAUGCUCUUCUCCACCGCUGGAGUGAUCCAGAAGUCCAUCGACACCGUCGUCUCCUGCAGCGCAGCACCCACAGAAGACACAGCCGAGAAGCCAAUCCGCUCGCCUGGUCUCCGUCAAGACCUCCGCAUAUAUGUGGGUCUGCACCCACCUUUCGCACGUCCCAGGCCAGCUCGAUGAUGACGUUGUUUCCGUUCUUCCGGAGCUCGUCGAUGAGCAGGGACCCCUCCUUGUCACUGAUCAGGAUGGACGGCACCUUGACGUUGUCGCCCCAGCCGUCAUCAGCCAUGAUGACUCGCUGGAUCUCUGACGGUGUCCUGCUGGACCCCAAGGUGUCCACCACUAUCACCGCCACGGCGUCCUUCUCCUCCUCAGCGAUGCGAAUCUUCGUCACGAAGCUGCAAUUCCCUGAUGAAGGAACGAAACAAACGGCCAGAAUGACUCUGCCCUUCGACUCUCUCGCGCUGCCCUCCGCCUGUCUGCUUAUGGCUGCGGUUGGGGUGCCAGAUUGUUUUGUACCUCUCCUGACAACGAUGAUGUUGGGAAGCUUUCUUUCCUUGUCGCCGAGGGGCGGCGGGAUGUCAUAGUCGUCUUCGCGGCACCAUCGGUCGCCCUUGGACUCGCCGUACACCAAGCGGCCGGUUAUCCGCUCGCCAUAAUACUGCCACACACACGCCCGCCCUGCGUCUCUUGUGUGUGUGAGUGUUGUUUGUUGUGUGGGUAUACCGGUGUGCCAAAGGCGGCAGUUGAGCCGUCGAUCUUGGCCCUGUGGAACUUCUGGGAGAGGCUCUUUGGAUGGAGCACCUUGAUUUGAGCCACUGUGCUGGCGACGUACGCAAGGCAGACGCACACCGCCAGCGGCUUCCUGAGGACCAUCCUGUGUGAUUCUGAUGUGACAAGAGGCCUCCUGUGCGGCUGCGAUGUGCGUGCGACCCUUGCGUCUGAUAGCGCCCUUCUCCGUCAUUUCCGCGGAGGACGUUAACGAUUUUU